CAAUUGAGGCGCUCAUUUCAGAAGAGUUACAGUCGCAGAAAGUGCCCAACACUGCAGUUGGCUGAGAAGAGAAGAAAGGUCAGAAUGAGAGCGCGGGCUGUCCUGGCUGUCACGCUGAUUAUGGCCUGCACAGAAGCCUUCUUCCCUUUCAUCUCAAGAGGCAAAGAACUCCUUUGGGGAAAGCCUGAGGAGUCUCGUGUCGCCGGCGUCUUGGAGGAAAGCAAGCGGCUGGUGGACACUGCCAUGUACGCCACGAUGCAGAGAAACCUCAAAAAAAGAGAAAUCCUUUCCCCACAUCAGCUUCUGUCUUUUUCCAAACUUCCCGAGCCAACUAGCGGAGAGAUUGCCCGAGCAGCAGAGAUAAUGGAAACAUCAAUACAAGCGAUGAAAAGAAAAGUCAACCUGAAAAUUCAACAAUCACAGCAUCCAACAGAUGCUUUAUCAGAAGAUCUGCUGAGCAUCAUUGCAAACAUGUCCGGGUGUCUCCCUUACAUGCUGCCCCCAAAAUGCCCAAACACGUGCCUGGCGAACAAAUACAGGCUCAUCACAGGAGCUUGCAACAACAGAGACCACCCCAGAUGGGGCGCCUCCAACACAGCCCUGGCACGAUGGCUCCCUCCAGUCUACGAGGACGGCUUCAGUCAGCCCCGAGGCUGGAACCCCGGCUUCUUGCACAACGGGUUCCCACUGCCCCCGGUCCGGGAGGUGACACGACAUGUCAUUCAAGUUUCAAAUGAGGUUGUCACAGAUGAUGACCGCUAUUCUGACCUCCUGAUGGCAUGGGGACAAUACAUCGACCAUGACAUCGCGUUCACACCGCAGAGCACCAGCAAAGCUGCCUUCGGGGGAGGGGCUGACUGCCAGGUGACUUGUGAGAACCAAAACCCAUGUUUUCCCAUACAAAUCAUCACCCUGAGGGAUUACGUCCCCAGGAUCCUGGGACCCGAGGCCUUCCAGCAGUACGUGGGCCCCUAUGAAGGCUAUGACUCCACCGCCAACCCCACUGUGUCCAACGUGUUCUCCACGGCCGCCUUCCGCUUCGGCCACGCCACGAUCCACCCGCUGGUGAGGAGGCUGGACGCUGGCUUCCAGGAGCACCCUGACCUGCCCGGGCUGUGGCUGCACGAGGCCUUCUUCAGCCCAUGGACGGUCCUCCACGGAGGUGGUCUGGACCCACUAAUACGAGGCCUUCUUGCGAGACCAGCCAAACUGCAGGUGCAGGAUCAGCUGAUGAACGAGGAACUGACGGAAAGGCUCUUUGUGCUGUCCAAUUCCAGCACCUUGGAUCUGGCGUCCAUCAACCUGCAGAGGGGCCGGGACCACGGGCUGCCAGGUUACAAUGAGUGGAGGGAGUUCUGUGGCCUGCCUCGCCUGGAGACCCCUGCUGACCUGAGCACAGCCAUCGCCAGCAGGAGCGUGGCCGACAAGAUCCUGGACUUGUACAAGCAUCCUGACAACAUCGACGUCUGGCUGGGAGGCUUAGCUGAAAACUUCCUCCCCAGGGCUCGGACAGGCCCCCUGUUUGCCUGUCUCAUUGGGAAGCAGAUGAAGGCUCUGCGGGACGGAGACUGGUUUUGGUGGGAGAACAGCCACGUCUUCACGGACACGCAGAGGCAUGAGCUGGAGAAGCACUCCCUGUCUCGGGUCAUCUGUGACAACACCGGCCUCACCAGGGUGCCCGUGGACGCCUUCCGAGUCGGAAAAUUCCCCGAAGACUUUGAGUCUUGUGACAGCAUCCCUGGCAUGAACCUGGAGGCCUGGAGGGAGACCUUUCCUCAAGAUGACAAGUGUGGCUUCCCAGAGAGCGUGGAGAAUGGGGACUUUGUGCACUGUGAGGAGUCUGGGAGGCGCGUGCUGGUGUAUUCCUGCCGGCACGGGUAUGAGCUCCAAGGCCACGAGCAACUCACUUGCACCCAGGAAGGAUGGGAUUUCCAGCCUCCGCUCUGCAAAGAUGUGAACGAGUGUGCAGACGGUGCCCACCCACCCUGCCACGCCUCUGCGAGGUGCAGAAACACCAAGGGCGGCUUCCAGUGCCUCUGCGUGGACCCCUAUGAGUUAGGAGACGAUGGGAGAACCUGCAUAGACUCCGGGAGGCUCCCUCGGGCGACUUGGGUCUCCAUGUCACUGGCUGCUCUGCUGAUUGGAGGCUUGGCAGGUCUCACCUCGACGGUGAUUUGCAGGUGGACACGCGCUGGCACUAAACCCACACUGCCCAUCUCGGAGACAGGCGGAGGAACUCCCCGGCUGAGAUGCGGGAAGCACCAGGGUGCAGGGACUUCGCCGCAGGGCGCCGCAGCUCAGGACUCGGAGCAGGAGAGUGCCGGGAUGGAAGGCCAGGAUACUCACAGGCUGCCGAGAGCCCUCUGAGGGCAAACAGGCAGGACACUGAUCCCACAGAACAGCUUCGUGUUCCCAAAAUCACCGUACAACUGUUUUCCAAACACAGGCAAAUCCAAAAUCACCAGGACGACUAUUUUCCAAACACGUGCAAAUCUAGCACCAUGUUGUAAUUACUCUCAGGCAUGGAUGAAUAAAUAUUGUAACUGCAUUUGUCUAGCCUUUUCUUGUAAGCAUUGCCUGAUUUGUUCCUUCUGGGGCUUUGCCAUUAAAAUGUAUUUACAGAUUA